CCUGCCCACGCCGCAGGUUUUUCAGGUCCUUGCUUGAGUGUGCAUUCACGGGCGGGCGUAAACAAAAGUGCUAUCAGCAGCCUGCGUCAGCCAGCCAAGCUAUUUAAGCAGGCUGGCAUCAGCAAACGCAGCUUCCAAACCCACAGCUCCGGGCUCCCCUUGGCCACUUGCACCCGCGCCGGGACCAUGUCAGCGGAGACCGCCAGCGGCCCCACCGAGGACCAGGUGGAGAUCCUGGAGUACAACUUCAACAAGGUCAACAAGCACCCGGACCCCACCACGCUGUGCCUCAUCGCGGCCGAGGCCGGCCUUUCCGAGGAGGAGACCCAGAAAUGGUUUAAACAGCGCCUGGCCCAGUGGCGGCAGUCGGAAGGCCUGCCCUCAGAGUGCAGAUCUGUCACAGACUAAGGAGGUGGCAGGCACCGGCAGCUUCCUCCAUGAGGUCCAGCUGCUGGUUCUCCACUGCAUCACGCCGUUUUGAUUUUUCAGUGUAACGUUGUAUGUUCCUUUGUUAGCUAUCCUGCUGUUUAACACAGUGUUGUGUUUUGUUAGAUGUACAUAACAAGAAAAUAACAACCGGAAGCUAACCACAGCUUCCGUGUAAAGCAGUGGCUUGGCUGGGAACGUGGUGUGGCUUGCAUUUCCCUCCGGGUUGGAAUGUUAGAUGGUGUGAACGCCAUCUAAGUUUGCUUUUGACCCUUACCUCCCAAUGACAAUUUGCUUUUACCAUCCAUUUCAAAACAAGCAAGGCCUCUGUUGAAAAGAUAACAUGACGGAGGGGGGAAAGCAUUUCCUUCUGAAUCUCCUUACCUAAGUUUUUCUCCUUAAGUUUCAUUUAAACAUUGAUGAUUGAGUGAGAAGACAGAGGUGUAUUUGAGUUGUUCAAAUUUUAUAAAACAGUUCCUUGGCAUACAGCUGUAUUAAUUUGAAAAGAACCCAGUUAGGUUAGAAGAAACUUCAACCAAAAUGCGACUCCAAAAAACUCAAAAAGUCUUGAAUUUACCUUAUUUAAUGCAUUUGUUAAGUUUAUUUUGCUAAAUAAAAUGAACUGCUUUUUUGUCUUUAAAAUGAUAUUCUAAAUAAAACCUUGACUUUUUGUUGAAAAUACA